AGCAAACUUGAUGGGUAAAAUGAAUGGAAGAUGCUGAUGGUUACAAACUGAAGAUAAACUUAUUAUUAUUAUAUUAGCCGCGACAGGAAUAUCAACAUGGCGCUCCCCUAAAAUUAAACUCGGGAUAAAACAUUUCAAACAGGUGAUGUCAUGGCGUUCCCUCAGCCCAGACCUCAGGCUCCUCAGCUUCCCCAACAUCUGCUCAGGACCAUAGACUGUCAGCAAGGAGCCGUCAGGGCUGUUCGCUUCAACGCUGAUGGGAACUACCUGCUGUCUUGUGGCAGUGACAAAUCUCUGAAGCUGUGGAGUGUGAGCAGAGGGACGCUGCUGAAGACCUACAGCGGACAUGGAUACGAGGUUCUGGAUGCCGAUGGUUCCUAUGACAACAGCAAUCUUUGCUCCUGCAGCUCUGAUAAGACAGUGAUCCUAUGGGACGUCGCCACAGGCCAGGUCACACGCAAACUCAGAGGUCACGCAGGGAAAGUCAACUGCGUCCAGUUCAACGAGGAGGCAACUGUCAUCUUGUCUGGAUCCCUGGAUGGGACAGUUCGGUGCUGGGACACCAGAUCCAGGAGAUUUGAGCCCAUCCAGGUUCUAGACGAGGCUCGGGACAGCGUCAGCAGCCUGAAGGUGGCCCAACAUGAGCUUCUUACCGGGUCGGUGGAUGGCAGAGUGAGACGCUACGACCUGAGAAUGGGACAGCUGCACGUUGACUUCAUCAGCAGUCCCAUCACAUGUGUGUGUUUCAGUCAGGAUGGUCAGUGCACUCUGAGCUCCAGUCUGGAUUCAACAGUCAGACUGCUGGACAAGAGCACCGGGGAAAUGCUGGGAGAAUAUACAGGGCACAAGAUGAAGGGCUAUAAGCUGGACUGCUGCCUGUCCAGUAAAGACACCCAUGUCCUGAGCUGCUCAGAGGACGGACACGUCUACUGCUGGGACCUGGUGGAGGGAUCCUUGUCCCUGAAACUGCCAGUGGGGAAAGCUGUUGUCCAGUCGAUGUCCUUCCACCCCUCAGAAACCUGCCUCCUCACGGCCAUGGAGGGGCGCGUCCAGGUGUGGGGGGCAGAGCCAGAGGAGACGGAGGAGGAUGUGAUGGCCACAUAGAGAUGGUGAAAUAAGACAGAAACUAUUUACAUGCUGAGAAGAUUCCUUUUUUUUAUUCAGAUAACAUGCAGUCUGCAGACAUAAAUUUUAAAACCUGACGGCUCUUAGAGUGGCAUGAAAACAUCUUAUUUAAUUUUUGUGUCCGUACACACAGGGUCGUUGGAGGUUUGGUGCUGAAAAUGGAUCUGUAGCACAUUUAGGUCCAGUGAAAAGUAUCCAUGCUGGAGCGAUGAGGUUAUUCAGGAUAUCAAGUUUGUCAAAACAGGAAUAUCAGAAAACAUAAAACUACAUCACAAAGUAUGAAAGGCUCAUGAGCAGCUCAGAGUCUACGAAAACUUGUAAAUGGCCACUGGGGGAAAGUUUCAUUUUGGUCAGAAGUGAGCUACACAGCGGUCAUUCAGGUACAACUAACUUCAUAGUCAGAUGAUGAGUCUGUUUUUAUGACUGUUAGCUGUACAAAGAUUUAAUUCUUGAGGGAGGAAAGCAACAUACCAGCUGACACAAACUGUACAGAGUUAAAGAAGUGAUGUAUC